AUGCUCCGUCCGCGCGGCUUGGCGCUGCUGGCGCGGGCGCUGCGGCGCUCGUCCGCUGGUUCCGCCGCUUCGUCCCUCUCGCCCUCUACAUGGGGGCCCGUUAGCGCCCAGCAGCCGCUCCGACACUCGUCGUUCGUGCCCCAGGGAGGCGUCGGCAGCCAGCACAAGAGCAAGAAGAUGCCGUCGUUCGCCAUCGCUGCCGCCUUCGAAGGCCACGAGGACCUGGAGGACGAAGACGGCCCCGAACACCUCUACGGCCACGAGAAGAACCCCGAGGACGAAGAGGAGGAGCGCGCGCGGGCUCUGAAGGAGCAGUUCCAGCGCGGCAUGGACAAGAAGAAGCUCUGGAUGCAGUCGCUGGACGCGCAGAAACUCUACGCGACAAUUGUCAAGAGCGUGGCGGACUGCUACGCGCCGCUUUAUGCAGCCAUGGGACUGGAGGGCAAGUGCCCGCUGCUGGCCGUGGCCAGGGGCGAGGCCAAGGCAGAGGACGAGCUCGAGACGCAGUACCAACCACUGCGCUUUGACGACAUGUUGACUAAGGCCACGGAGCAGGAGGCGAUGGCUCUGCUGGUCAAAGCGAGCGAGCCAAUGCUGGCCUUGACGAUUGUAGAGCACCGAGCCAAACUCGCGGAAGAACUUGCCAAGCGCUCGAAGGCAGGAUCAGCCGUCGUGCUGCCAGGAUCGACUGUGAUGGAGAACGAGAAUGUGGUGACGCUGGAGAGCCACCUCCGCAUGUUUUACUCGUGGGCCAUGAGUGCCUACGCAAUGUGUGGCCCGUCGUACCAUCCGCAACUGUUCGACAUCUACCAGCGCGCGCAAGACGCGGGGGCCUACGUGACGGCGAACAUGAACGUGCAGUAUCUAUCUGCUCUUAUCACAGACAUGCGCUAUGACGAAGUAUUCGAGUUUUACGAGCUCGUGACGCGCGAGAAUCUGCCUACAUCGGUGUAUUUCUACCGGCAGAUGCUGUUUGCCGUGUCUGUAACUCGCAAAGUGGAGCUUUUGGACUCGAUCGUGGAAGACAUGCGUGUCAAGGGUUUCAAACUACGCGCUGAGGAUUACCUGCGUGCCAUCCGUACGUACGACAGCGACUAUUUCCUUACUGAGACCAAGCCAAAGGAUAAGCGCCGAAUCAACAAAAGACACGGAAGCGGUGACAGCCCAGAGCAGUUGGAAACAGUCCUGGUAACCCCUCGGGAUACGUACGACAUGUGCUUGAAGCGGAUUCAUGAACAGGAGGACCACCCGGAGCGGUUCGAGAAGCUCUUGGACGCUGCGCGGAGCGUGUUGGCACUGUUCGAUUCGAUGGUGGAUAUUGAUGGAUUGGCGCCGCGGCACGAGCACUUGUUCCCACGUGUGAUCACGGCGGCUGUGUAUGCGCAGGAGUGCGAACGCGUCCCUGAAAUCCUGGCUCUGCAUGCUGAACACGCUGACGAGCCUCUUCACUACGCCGGAGUCCGCAUGGCUGUGAAUGCUCUCUUGCUUCUGGAAAAACCCACGGAGGCCUGGGGCCUUAUUCGGGAGACAAACCCGGAUCUCGAAGCUCGCCGCUUUGCGCUCGUGGCCAACAUUUUCCACUACUUGUGCGCGAAGAGCCUCGGCAAAGAGAUCGUAGCACUGAUGCACGACGUGGACAAGCUGGAGGUGCAGGGCGUGUUCACCCUGUCCUUGACCAAAAGUCUGGUGCCUGUUCUGUGCAGCUGCAAGGACAGCAUCGGCGACGACGAGUUGGUGGAGACCAUGGCGCACUUUGAGAGCGUCUUUCGCUUGCGCACCAGUGAACAUCAUUUCGGUGUGUUCCUUCACGAAUGUGCUUACUACGGGCGUCUGGCGGUCGUGCAGACAGCUCUGACGCAGUGGACGGAGACUUCUGGUAACAAGCGGCCGCUGAAGGGCGCUCUCGCUGUGAAGCUCAUGAAGGCGUUUGAAAGCGAGUCUGACUGGACGUUCAUGGCCGAAGUGUUUGAGUUGACCGACUUUUGGCACGUAAAAAGUGAAGAAGAUCGCGAGUCCAUUGUGAGCGCUGUGUCGCGUGCUUACGAAGCCCUCGGUCAGCCUGAACGUAUCAAGCGCGCCGAGCACGUGGCGGCCGUUGCUGGUAAGCGGAAGAGCAAGUUACGCCCGAACAAGGCUACGAAGCACGAAAGGAAGAAAGGUCAGUGGCGCUCAAGUAGGACGAGCGGAACUCCGAGCGCCCCCGCUCAGGCAAAACCGGUGAUGAUCAACGGCAUCCCAGUCCUCUCAUCGUCCACAUAG